CACAGACUCAAAGGUUUAUCGGUGAAAAAAAAGUUGUAUAAAGUAAUUUUGUUUCUUUUUAUCGUAACUCCUACUGCGCCAUGUCUAAGGGAUUUCCAGUCCAGUACCAGCCAACAAGCCAGGAUUGCGUGACAGUUAGUCAUGCGUUAUAUGGCACUGCGUAGCGUGACACAGACAAAUAUAUUUACUGACGUGGUUUUGUGUUUUAGGUGAAAUCGACGAAACGCCAGAUGAAGUUGAAGACGAAAAGGUAGUGACGUCACAGAUUGCUUACCUGCAAAUGCAGCUUGAAGAGAAACGGCGUCACAUCGAGGCUGAAAAAUACCGUGCUCAAGCCGAGUGGGAAGAUCAGCGAAGGAGACUGGGGCAGACUGCGUUUUGGUAUGUCAUUGGAAAAGCUCAAGGGAAUCAGAAUGUCCGAGAAGGAACUGGGUCUGAGGCGGUGCACGUGGACAGGGUUCCCCACGAUAAACCGAGAAAACCUUUGGCCGAGUUUCCUAAUCAACCCUCUCCACCCAUCGCUUGGUCGUCUCCAGCUAACUCUCCACUUCCUGCGUCCGUCUCUAAACCCAGUCCUUCCGGUGAACCGCAGUUUGAAACACGUGAAUUUCGCCUUUCUGAUUACCCACCUGGUGAAGAUCUGGACUUUAAUCAGGAUGUAAUGCGCCCGUCAUCCCAACCAGCGGUCGAAGUGAGUUCCACGCCCACGCCAGUCCCACCACGCCCGUCUUCGCACGAUCCAGCGGCUUCCCGCCACACGGCACCCGCGCGGAAGUGUUGGAAUGUGGACGUUGCUCAAGUACCGACACCACCCCCGUUGGUGUAUCCGGACACAGCCUCUAUGAGUAGCGAUACCAAGCAAGAACGCAACGUCGUUCACCCUCCUGGGGGUGGUACAGCGGAAAUUGAGGUGGAGAUUCACACCCCUAGUAAGAAAGGAUUGGCAAUGUUUAUUGGUGAUGACGCACAACCUACAACACAGGGCUUGACUCCAGAACAAGAACGCAAGCGAGAGAAAUUUAUGAGACUAAGGCAGAAAAAACAAGAAGAGGAUAGAACUAGAAAAGAAGCAGAGAUGGAGAAAAAGAGAAGGAGAGAAGAAAAACAGCGCGAAAAAGAAAUGCUUCAGAAAAUGGAAGAGGAGAGACUACGCCAAGAAGAACUGGAUCGACAAAAAGCCGAGCAGGAACUGAGGAUGAGAGAGGCCCAGGCCGCACGAGUCCCAGACUCCUACUCCACCUACCGCCGCCCUGGGUCUAGGCAACAUGUUUAUGACGUCGAUGAUGACUCUAACAGUUAUUUCGUUCCAGCCCCUGCGCAGCCCUCUGGUUUUGCUGAAUUUAGUGGCCCACAGUGUUAUGUCAAACCGAGCGGCAAGUCUAACAGGAAAAUUAUCGUGAAUGCCAUCUCUCAUGUGUGUUUAUCAGGAACAGUAAACCAGGAUCAAAAAGAGAAGUGUUUACAGGCUAUAUCGGAAUCCGACGGUCAUCACUUCAUGAUCCUGUUUAAGGAUGGACUCAAGUUCCGAGGGAUAUAUGUACACAACCUUGAAAACGACCAGCUGUUCAAAAUAUUUGGAAUCGGACCACGUGUUGUCACGAGUAAAAUGUUGGAAGGUCUUUAUAAGUAUAAUAGCGGUGGUAAAGAGUUUACAAAGAUUCCUUCCAAAACCUUAUCCAUCGCAGUCGACGGAUUCGCCAUCCAGAAAUCUUACUGGCAAAGUGGGAAACCUGUGGUACAGUCCAAGACCUCGUCUAAUCUCAAGAGACCCCCUCGGCACCAACAAAGAUGAAAUCAUCACCCCCCCCCCCCUCCCAUCAGCCACUCUAAGUUGUUAAAUCCCGGGGGAGGAGUGAAUUGAACGCCCGUGACAAAGGAGUAAUGUUCCUUUGUAUAUGGAGUCCUCUUUUUCUGUACUUUCUCGUGCUUGUUAAUGGACAUCAAACAUUGCUCACAAACUUCUCCAUCCCAGCCGAAUAAAAAUGUUAUGUUACAUACUAAGCCUCGCUAAAAGAAAACGUUAAAGAAACCUCAACUGUUCGUAAAGCUACCGGCCGUACUUAUUAAGCAAAACAUGGCUACAUUCAGCCGAGUCAGUGGAGCGCUAGAGAAAUGUGUGUUUGUCCCGCGAAUUACUCUGUAAAUGUUGUAAACACGAAGAAGCGGUUAUGUUAAAAAAGAAGGUAUUUUAAUAUUUAUUGUAUCUUACCUCCCGAGAAACUAUUUAAAUUACGGCAUAUUAUUGUUAAGAGAUGUUGUGACCGGUCUGUACUGACAGACAGAUACUGAACGUGAUCAGCUUUAUCGUACAUUAUAAAUAUUGAAGAUGUUCAUGUAUUACUUGUAAAGAUGAAGUUAAUGUGGAAACAAAGUACGCCUCUGGGAGAUUAUUUGUUGACAAUAAAUUGUGGAUGUAGAGAAAAUGAAAGAUAUAAUCUCUGA